GUCUUCAGUUAUAAAGUCGACGCCAAAAGAGUUGGUUGGGCUUGGCGGCGGGCCAGCAAGCAGUUGUAGCAGGUGUAAAUACGGGGCAAAAAAAGAAAAGCAAAAGACGAUUGCCAACGAUAAUGCUGAAGCAGGAAUCAGGACUUUUGAAGAAAGCGUCGGUCACAGUCGUUGCUCCAAAUUCCAACUACGCACACUUUUUCAAGCCGAACGAGAGAAUUUCUUGUAAUGCUGACAGUGACCCGAGCCCGGAUGUGCGUAGUACUGGGGAUAACUUGAUAGAUCAGAUUUCAGUCACAAUUGACGGGGAGAAACAUUGGGUCUCUGGUGUGGAUGCAAACACUACGUGUACCGAUCUGAUAUGUGCGCUACUCAAUUACAAAGAUCUCGAGGGGAAGAACAAUGAACAUUUACCAAUAUACAAUACGUUAUCCAACAAAUUGGGUAGAUCCAUUCAUACAUCUAGCCAAAACACAAAUCACAAAGCAACAACAAUAACAAAUACCAAAGAAAACGAACAAACUUCUUAUAGCAAGGGUCUCAAUACUAACCUACAUCAAUACGUAAUUGUUAAACGAUUGCGGGACAGUCGAUUCGAGGAAUAUUUAGAUGGUAGCACUCGACUAAUGGAUGUCAUACCAACUGCAGAUAAACUGACCAAAAAUCAGUGUGAGCUCCAGCUUAGGAAUCUUGCAUCCGAUACUUCCGCGCGCUUUUGUAAACAGAUGGAAAGCCAAAUGUUCUCAAUGCUCUCCAUGUCGACCGAUAAGGACAGCGGCAUGGGCAGUCCCGUAGGCAGUGCGCGGAGUGAACGGUAUCGUAGACGUCGAGGGAAAGCACACAGAAUGGGCGUUACAGAAGGCACAGCAUUACCAAAGCACACCAAACCAUUGCAGCCGCAGCCGUGCAAUCUAAAUCCAAAUGAGCAUUUGUUGAAUAUUAUACUGGCCCAAGACGAAACCAUCAAGAGACAAAUCUACCUGCUGAACCAAAAGGAGCAACAGAUCUUAAAGAUUGAGGAUGAAAAACACCGAGCGAGGGCACAGAAGUUGGGUAAGAACUAUUUGAUCGACACAUAUUUAAAUGCACUAGGUAGAGCGCCAGAUAAAGAACUAGAUAGACCUGAUUUGGAAGAUCAAUGGGAGUGCGUAACAAGCUCCCAUAAGCUCAAUAGCCCACAUCCUGCGUGUAUUCAUGAAGUUGAUGCCAACCAACCCGCUGAGAUAGUUUCUAAUAUUUCGCUCGAUGCGAAUAUUUAUUGGCUGGAAAAGGUUUACACUUUAAAUGUUCGACUCCAACGAGAGGAAGAGGAACUGCUCCGGCUGCACGCCAAGGUGCGUAAACAUCAGAUGCGACUCGCUUACCACACCAAGGACGAGGUGUUGCAGCAAAUCGAUAGAUUGGAUACGAGCUUGGCCAACCAGGUGAACGACAUCUAUAGGAUAGAGCGUCAAUUGUUAAUGGCCAAUGAGCAGCUGAAAGCCAAAUUGGGCGUCCUCGAGAGUUUGGGUAAUGAGCUGGAAGUGAUGCCAGGAGUAGAUCAUGAAAUGUCUGCUGAGACAACAGCUCUAACUCGGCAAUUAAAUGAUGAUAUAAUCGCACAUCGGAAAUCUAUAGCAGAGCAUUUGAUUCAAAAUCUACAGGAAAAGGAAGGAAGACAAAAUUAUGUCAAAAACCUUAUCAAAAAUGAUGCCAAUGGACGCGAUCAGACGGAUGCCAAAAUGUUAAAGAAACAGUUUUUUUUCGCUGUCGAUAAGCCUGAAACUUUACAUCAAGAAAAACAGCCCCAGACGAGGUAUACAUCGCAUAAUGAAAGUAAUAGGCUUUUGGGCUAUAUCGAUCCUGACAUUGAUAUAGAAAACUUUGGUACGCUUGUUUAAUUUAUAUAAAAUC